AUGAGAAAGCGCAGUCUGCAGCAAGAAUGUCGCGGACGCUGGUGGCAUCGACUUGUGGUUUCAAGCGUCUUCAUAGGCUUCUUUCCCGGCCGGUUCUGCUGGGCCCCGAGCCUGAGCUUUGAUCGGAGACUGCGCGGCUUUCGUGGCUUUCGGACCAGCUCCAAAGCCAAGGGGUUUGGAGCCGAGACAGCCAAACCCCAGACCAAGAACGUGAACUGCCCUUGCCUCUCUGGACUGCAGUACAAGGCAUGUUGCCGCCGGCUUCACAAGGAUCUUACGGCAGCUGCAACCCCGGAACAGAUGGCGAAAGCAAGGUUUUCUGCUCUUGCCUUGAGGAAGUAUGACUACCUGUUGGACACCACCCAUCCGACACAUGUGGACUUUCAGGAGGACAGGGCAGCCUGGAAGAAGCAGAUGGCCCGUAACAAUCGUGGAUUUCGGUACGUCGGCCUCAAUGUGACAAGCUCUGAAGAGCGUGGAGAGGACUUGCAUGCAGUGACCAUAGAGGCCGCUGCAGAGCCCGAGAAGGUUUCUGGUGUUCCCAAGGUGCUGCUGAUCCAGGAAUGCUCUGUUUAUCGGCGCGAAGGUCAGACCUGGAAAUACGCGGCAGCCGAGGGCCUCAAGAGGGAGGUCGUUGAAGGGGCCGGUUCCGCCCAGCAGUUGGCGGGCAUGUAG